AUGGAUGUCACCAACGAGCUGGAUGUUGUCGUCAUCGGAGCAGGCAUUUCUGGCAUUUACGCUGCCAAAUUUUACCUCGAUAUGCAUCCUGGCUGCCGAUUAGCCAUCCUGGAUAGAGACAAUUGUGUGGGGGGAACUUGGAACUCACGAAGGGGAUAUGAUUCAUUCUGGACUCAGUGGACCGUGGGAACAGCGGAAUUCUCCGACUUACCGAUGCCACGUCCACCUGAAGACGACGUCUACUACGAGUUCUUCAAAGCCAAACACACUACUAAAUAUCUUGAAAGUUAUGUUGACCACCACAGCUAUGGUGGCCAAACCUUGCGCGAUAGGAUCAGAUUUUCCACCGAAGUGCAGUCACUGGUAAAACCCGACGGCCGAUGGAUUGUUUUGACAAAGGAUCGAGUCACCGGAGCUGAGCUUGUCUUUCGUACUCCUAAGUUGAUGGUUGCCAGCGGGUUGACUUCUAUUGCCAAUAUGCCUCCCCUGCCUGGUCGAGAGGACUUCCGUGGCCAAAUUCUCCAUCACGAAGACUUCGGGUCAUCAAACGUCUUAAGCACGCCCAAAAUCCAGAACAUUGUGGUCCUGGGCGGCGGCAAGUCUUCAGCCGAUAUGGUAUAUGAAGCCGUGAAGGCCGGUAAAACUGUGUCGUGGGUUCUCAAAGCCACAGAUACCACGGGGCCUGGAUUCUUUCUCUCCCCAAAAGGAAAAGGACCUUAUAAGAAUGCAUUCGAGAUUGGCAUGACGCGAUUAGCUGGAACCUUUAAUCCUUCGUUUAUGAAUGGAAUAAAUUGGUGGACUAGGCUUUUGCAUUGCUCCAAAUACGGAGUCAGGAUGAUGGGCACUUUCUGGGGCGCGGUUGACACGGCAACCCGAAGGGACGCCAAUUUUGAGCGUGAAAGCCUACAGGGCUUUGAGAAGUUGAAUCCCCACUCACCGUAA